AUUGGAUAUACCUAUAUAUAUUAAGGCUCACCAUUCUCACUCAUCUAUUCUUUUACACCCCAAAACAUAUUCUCCAAACAAAGCGCUACAAAGUUACGAAUCUAAAAUUCAUCACAAAGGCAAGAUCGAUCUACAAAUUAAAGAAGCAAAAAAAGAAAAAAAAGAAAAAGAGAUGAUCCAAGAACUAUUAGGAGGUGCUGGUCUUAUAGCAGGAGAGAGGAAAAUCUCCAUUCAUGGUGGAAGAGUUUUAGAAGCAACACCUCCUCUUUCUCAUUCACCAUCUCAUUCUUCUUCUUCUUCUUCUUCUUCAACAACCACCACUACUGCUACUACAGCUACUACUUCCUCUGCAGCAACCACAUCGAAUUCCGAAAACUUAAGGUGUCCUAGAUGCGACUCUUCCAACACCAAGUUCUGCUACUAUAACAACUACAACCUCACUCAGCCCCGCCACUUCUGCAAGACGUGCCGCCGGUAUUGGACCAAAGGAGGAGCUCUGAGGAACGUCCCCAUCGGAGGAGGAUGCCGGAAAAACAAGAACAUCAGCGUAUCGGCGUCGGUGGCGGCAAAGACCAGCGCGGGGAAGAUGAAAAUGGUGGCAUCGGAUAUCGGAGUACGGUCAGGAUUCUGCGGCGGCGGGGGGUUCGAUCACGAGCUCCCGGCGAGUCCGAUAUUAUGGGGUUCGCCGCAGAAUUCUCAUCUGCUGACCUUGUUGAGGUCAACUCAAAACCCUAACCCUAGUUUGCUAUGCAAUUCUAUGGCGGUGAAGGAAGAGAGCGGUAUGAUUGGGUCCCACAUGAUGACCGAGCAAGCCGUUGUUGCAAGUGGUUCAAUGAAUGGUCGAAGCUGCAGCUUGGGCUUGGAUCCAGUGCUUGGUCAAGUUCCUUCGCUUGGUCUUUGCAGCUCUUUCUGGAGAAGCAAUCAGAAUCAUCAACCUCCAACUCACCAACAGAAUGGUUUUGUAGUCGGUGAAGUUCAGAGCAAUGGAAUUCAAGAGCUUUAUCAGAGACUAAGAUCUUCGGCUAAUUAUUAUGGCGACCAUUCAGCUGUAGUUCUUACAAAUGUGGGUUCUUCUUCAUCAUCAUCAUCAUCUUCUUCUUCAGCUUCAACAAUGACGACAUCGAUUUUGGAAUCGGCUCCGGUUAGUGGGGGUGAAUUGGGUUACUGGAAUCCCGCAUUCUCAUGGUCUGAUCUUCCAACAACAAAUGGUGCAUAUCCUUGAAAAACCUUAUGAUAGAUUUAUUUAUUUUUUUUUUCAUUUGCUUAUUUAACAUGCUAGUUUAUUAAUGCUUCUCUGUUUGUUUUUGUGUGGGGUUGUGAUAUAUAUAUAUAUAUAUAUAUACAUAUCAUGGCUGUAGAAUCAAACUCUUAGUUCUUAUCUUCUCCUUCUUUUUAUGUGUGUUUUUUAAGGUGUGUUUAGCUUAUGAGAGUGUACCAAUUAAGGACCAAGAAAAUGACUAAAAUUUGAAAUUUUCAGUA